UUGGCAGGUUAAAGAACUAAAAGGAGUAAUGGAAGAAUUCCAACAAAGCAGUUUGGAAAAAACUUUAAUGAAUUGGUGUAGACAAUCAACAGAAGGGUACAGCCAUGUGGAUAUUAAAAAUUUCACUACAUCCUGGAGAGAUGGUUAUGCUUUCAAUGCUCUCAUUCAUAAAUACAGACCUGAUUUAUUUCGAUAUGAAGAUGUAAUGAUGUUAAAUAACGACAAUAGAUUGGAUCAUGCAUUUAGAGUUGCAUAUGACAUAUUGGGAAUUGAUAAGUUGUUAGAUGCAGAAGAUGUCAACUGUGAUCAACCAGACAAAAAAUCUAUUAUGAUGUAUUUGAUGUGCUAUUUUCAAGUGUUACCACACCAGCAUGUCAAAAAAGAGAAAGUGUCAUCUCAACUGCAGAUUGCAUCAACUGACAUAUCACAAGAACCAUUAUCUGUUACCAAGCAACCACUGUCUGUUACCAAGCAAACAACUGUCUCUAGAAAAACUGUUGUCACAUCUACUGUUGCCAAGCAGCAGGGCGUUGCUGAUCUCACUCGUUAUCAAGCUGAUUUAGAAACUGUAUUGACAUGGUUAUUACAGGCUGAAGAUACACUAAGAGCUCAGCAGCCAAUAUCUGAUGAUGUUGAUAAAGUGAAAGAACAGUUCCAUGCCCAUGAAGAAUUCAUGAUGGAGUUGACGGCUCAUCAAGGCAAUGUUGGUGCUGUACUUCAAGAAGGGAAUUAUCAUAUAGUUGAAGGCAGAAUUACUGAAGAAGAAGAAAAUGAAAUCCGUGAACAAAUGGGGUUGUUGAAUUCAAGAUGGGAACACCUACGAGUUGAUUCCAUGCAAAGACAAAGCAGUUUACAUGAAAAAUUGAUGAAACUACAGCAGAGGCAACUUGAUGAGUUAGAUGACUGGUUAACUUGUAUGGAACAGAAGAUAAAGCAGCAAAACACUAUAAGUUCCAAUUUAGAAGAUAUAAAAAAACAAGUUCAGCGACAUAAGGACCUACAAGAAGAAUUGGUGCAAGUUCAAGUGCAAGUGAACUCUCUUACCCACAUGGUGGUUGUAGUUGAUGAAAAUAGUCCAGAGAAUG